AUGACAAGUAAGAUGGCAACAAGAGAUAAUAGGUUUAUCACUCUCAUUUUAAUUAUUGUCUGUUUGGCAGCGGUUAGAGUAGAGGGUAGCAGCAACAAUGACUACCAAGUAUAUGUCGACAAAAACUCAAUGUGCACAGCCGACUGUGGUACUGAGAUGUCACCCUUUUCCAAUUUUGUUGAUGCCAUCCAAUACAUCUCUUUAUUGCGUAGCAACAAGUCGUCAUUGUCUGCAGCUGCUGUCAACAUGGACUGGCUUCUUCAAAAUAACGACAAUCACCAACAACAAGAUGUAGACACCAUCAUUGUUAAAGAAGGUAUUUAUCGUGGAUCGAAAAACAAAGGUUUAGUUAUAAAUUUUCCUUUACAUAUUGUAUCGCUUUCACCAACCAAGCCAACUACGUAUGGUGCAGUUACAUUUAAUGAUGCACAAGUAAUCAUUGAUUGCGAGGGUGUAGGUAAUGCAAUCACAGUCAAGAAUGUUAUUCUGUUCAAGUUGUCAAACAUUGGUAUUCAUCGUUGUGUCGGAUCUUCAGGAGGUGCUCUCUCGAUAGUAAACUCAUCGGCAGUUGUAGGUGCUGUUACAUUUGUCGGUAAUCAGGCUCUCAACGGAGGUGCUGUAUCAUUGUCCAAUUCAAACAUUGAUUUCACUCGUUGUCUCUUUAUGGACAACAGAGCUAUCACUCAAGGAUACGAUAUCUAUGCUUCAUCGUCUGUCGUCGGUCUAUCGAUGACCAAUCAAAAACCAUGUGAUAUAUAUUCUACUGGAGGAUCAGUAUCGAUUAAACUCGAUUCAUCAUACCUCUCGAUGGAUAGUUUGGCUGGUAUGGAAGGUCUCAAAAUAGUAGGUGAUCUGUCUACUAUGUCAUUGCCAACUGGUAUCGUCACUGUUCUCGAUCGUACAUGUCCAACUCCGCCAACAGCACUGUGGGCAUACGUAUUUAAAACAUUUAGUACCUAUUCAGAGACCUGUAACUCUAACAAUGUAUGCGACGAUGGAGAAUCAUGCCUUUCAUGUCCAUCUGAUUGUUCUUGUAUGGCUCAUGGAUGGAAGCUUGAUAUAUUCAAGACCGUCCCUGCUACUCCAAUCACCGUUGUUGCAGACAUUAUUCAAUUGUCGUCAUCAAGUAUUGCCAAUCUUGCCUACCCCUAUGCCGUUAUGAAUGCCUACUUGAAGAUAAAUAAGCAUGACACUUAUGAAUUCAAAUUCGUCGGUAGUAAUUGUGGCCUAGUCUUUUCAGUUGACGGAAUUGAUAUUGUCUACACUGCCGUUUCCCUUUCCAAUGUUGAUACAACCAGAUCAGUUAGACUGACAGCCACCAAUGUACACCAUCUCCGUAUUGCCAUUUCCAAAGGAGUAUCUCCAAACACUGCUGUCACACUCAAGAUCUAUUGGAGAAGAAAAGCUGAUGGUGAACAAUUCGUAUUGCUUGAUCCAUUUUAUUCUAAAAAUAUUUGUAAUGAUGGUAUUUUGGAUGAUAAGGAAAAGUUAAAUGCUUACAGGUGUGUUGCUGAUCAAGCAAAGGCAUUAGAUCCGUCCAAAGAUACUUGUGGAGAUGGAAUUUGUAGUGAGAUUCCAGAAGAUUGUCUCGCAGAUUGUUAUCAUGUUUUGACCCAAAUGUGCCCCGAACAAGCCACACCAAACCGUCUCGAUCCAAUCUAUUCCAAAAUGGAUUUCGUUGGAACAGCUCUCAACAAUCAAUACAUGUAUUCGCUGCCAGGUAUCCAACUCUUGUCCCAUGGUGUCGACAUUAUGACUGACGAAAAUAUGAAUGCACCUGUAUUCCAUUUUGGAUAUUGUGACAAUUCAUCAUACACUACCGUCCACGACUUGUAUCGUGGUCUAGUAUACACAGUUCCCAAAGGAAUUCAUGCCAUUCCAACACCCAAAUGCUCGUAUUCAGCCUCUACCACAAGUUAUUCGUCAUCUAAUCAAAUGUCUCAAGAAAAGGCCAAAGACAGCAGUAUGGAUGAUUCCGCCAACCUUGGUGGUGGAUAUUGGGGAAUAACAUUACAAGCUAGUGUUGCAUUCUCUCAAUCUUCUUCUACCAAAUCGGCAAGUGAUCUAUCGGGGAAGGUAUCUGGAAAAAUCAUGGUUGAUGAAGUGCUAUGUGAGACUACUAGAGUUCACAUCUCUGCCCAGAACGUGACCUUCCAUCCCAAUUUCGUUAGGGAUGUUGGACAAGCAGACACAAUACCCAAAAUGGAACUUGUUGUCGCCAAGUAUGGGUCUCUGUACAUCAAGAGUGCCGUGAUGGGUGGUUCAUUGACACAUGUCACCGUCGUAUCUCACAGCAGCUUUGAAGGAAAGCUCUCUUCUGAAAUUUCACAAAACACUCAACUUUCAUUGUCUGCUAAAGUGUCUUCGCCAGCACUCAAGGUCAAUGCCAACUAUAAAAAAGGUACCGACAACUCGAUAUCAAAUGACCAACAAAACAAGUUUGAACAAGACAGCGCAUCAACGACGAUCAUCACCAAAGGUGGUCCACCAGGUUCUUUUGGUCCCGACUCUAAGGGUGCCAACAACAACUUUGGUGCAUGGGCAAAAGCAGUUGACCUCUUGCCUGUACCCAUCAAGAAAGAGUAUGGAUUCAUUGUUGAUUUGAUCCCCACCAACUGGCUCGUCAAAGGCUCCACCGAUACCAUCCAAUCAUUGUGGAGCAAAGCUGAAAUAGCCCACCUUUACAAACGUUUUGCAAGUAGAGUAGAUUAUGAUAAAAUUGAAUCAUUAAAAGCAGAUGAAUCGAUUUUUUAUAUAAACACUCCAAGAAAUGGAGCAUCUUCACUUUCCUUUACGUUUACCAUUAAAACGAUAGAUGGACAAACCAAGACAUCAACCCAGUCGUUGAGUACAGGAGCACUAUUUACUUUGCCAUUGGGUGAGGUACAAUCAGUUGCUGGUUAUCCAACAGAUCAAGUCUCUUUUGAUGUCUAUGAUGUGGUAAACACUCGUCUCUACCACUUUGUGUACUAUGGUGGUAUUUGGAAUCAAUUAACCGCCAGUUAUGUCUUUAGCAUUCGUUUUGAAGCCACCACGGUUGCUUGUCCUAGUUGCACUAUUACUCCAACCUUACGAAUCACCCUGCAAGGUACUCUUGGUACCUAUUCGGUGUAUUACACCCCCACCGUAGCCGCAACUCAUUACACCAGUGGCCAGCCAUAUCUUGGUGAUCUGGAAUUUGUGACGUUUGAGCCUAUAACAUCAUUUGGAGAUGAGGCAAUCACCUUUGUCUACAAUGUCAAUACGUUCAAUAUCAUUCAAUAUUGCCCCAACGCUCCUGGAGUUCGAAGUGGAGUGGGAAUGUGUGAUAUUCCCUCUCUUAUGCCAUUCGAGAGAAGGUACUCAACCGUCUACGGUACCACACAAAGAAAAUUCACUUUGACAUCUUCCCAGAUUACAACUGUUACCAUGACAAAACAUGACAUUUUACCACUUUCAAAAAAUAUAUAA